UCACCUAAAUUUCUCAAACCAAAACCAACUUUAUGAACGUCCUUCGAGUUUCCUUUCCCGGCAAGAGCCAACUUGGACCGGAAAAAAGAAGCUCUCUGCAGCGUCAAUGGCGGCUUCAGCUUCUACUCCCCCACCGCCACCGGGAAAAAUUCACGUGUUCUGGCACGAAGGCAUGCUUGCUCAUGACACCGGCAAUGGCGUCUUCGACACCGGAGAGGACCCUGGUUUCUUGGACGUGUUGGAGAAACAUCCAGAGAACUCAGACAGAGUCAGGAACAUGGUCUCCAUCCUCAAAAAAGGACCCAUAUCUCCUUUCAUCACUUGGCACUCUGGAAGAUCUGCUCUUCUUUCUGAACUGCUCUCUUUCCACUGCCCAGAAUACAUAAAUGAACUAGUUGAAGCUGAUAGACAAGGGGGUAAGGCGCUUUGUUCUGGGACUUUCUUGAACCCUGGCUCAUGGGAUGCUGCUCUUCUCGCGGCCGGUACCGCUUUAUCAGCGAUGAAGUAUGUGCUAGAUGGACAUGCCGAAAUUGCCUAUGCACUAGUCAGGCCUCCGGGUCAUCAUGCUCAGCCAACUCAAGCUGAUGGAUACUGCUUCCUCAAUAAUGCGGGCCUUGCUGUUCAUUUGGCUUUAAAUUCGGGUUGUGCGAAAGUUGCGGUGAUUGACAUUGAUGUUCAUUAUGGCAAUGGAACCGCAGAGGGGUUCUAUCAGUCGGAUAAAGUUCUCACAAUCUCCCUUCAUAUGAAUCAUGGUUCGUGGGGUCCAUCUCACCCACAGAAUGGAUCAAUCGAUGAGCUUGGAGAAGGGGAGGGGUUCGGCUAUAAUUUAAAUAUACCUCUGCCAAAUGGGUCAGGCGAUAAGGCCUAUGGAUAUGCCAUGACUGAGUUGGUUGUCCCGGCUAUCGAGAGGUUUGAACCUGAUAUGUUGGUUCUGGUUAUUGGUCAAGAUUCUAGCGCUUUUGAUCCUAAUGGAAGGCAAUGCUUGACAAUGGAGGGCUACCGAGAGAUAGGGAAGAUGGUCAGUAGCCUUGCCAAUAGGUGUUCUGGCGGGCGGCUUCUAAUUGUCCAAGAAGGAGGGUAUCAUGUCACGUACUCAGCCUAUUGUCUUCAUGCAACGCUUGAAGGUGUGCUCGACUUACUGCUUCCCUUAUUAUCCGAUCCCAUUGCGUGUUACCCAGAGGAUGAGUCCUUUUCUGUUGAAGUCAUUGAAACCAUAAAGAAAUACCAGAAAGACAAUGUACCAUUCAUGAAAGGCGCCUAAUUUUGAGUUCAUUUCCUUUAAAUCUCAUUGUGUUUUUACCUUUUUUUUCUCUCAUUAUGAUAAAAAAAGAUUAAAAAAAAAAUCUAUCAAAAAACUUGUCCUGAGCUUAUGCUUCCACGGAUUUCUACAGGUAAACCUAGAAUCUUACAAAGAGACCACUUUGCGGUCAAUGUAGAAAUCAUUUCCAGUUAC